UAAAUAUCUCUUAUCUAUGGUGGUAGGUAUUUGAGCUAGUAUUUAGGGUUAUGUUUCAAUUUAUGAAUGUGUUUGUAAACGAAAAGUAAAGUAAAAGAAAACAAACACAUAUCCUAAUGACGAUUCAAAUUUUAAAAUUAAAAGAACCGACGGUAAUAGUAAUGUCGGAAGAAUUGUCAGGGGUUACUGUAGUAGGUAUCAUAGGUUUAGGUGUGUUAACGUUUCUGUUACUUUUCAUUUUUGCAAAACGACAAAUAAUGCGUUUUGCUCUGAGAUCUAGGAGAGGGCCACAUGUUCCUGUGGGGCAUGCAGCUAAAAAGUCAUUAAAACAAGAAAUUGAAAGGCGAAUUGAUAUAAUUCCAAGAAUUGUUUGUGAACCGCAGCUACUACACAACAUAGAUUCAAAAUACAUUCUAUGCCCUGGGCAACAGAUACCUGCACAUUACUACAGAUUAAAAGCAGUAGAUGAUGUGAAAAUUUUAGAACGUGAAAUAGAAAGACAAGAUCCUUGCUUAAAGAGGCAUCCUAAUGACAAUUUACGGGCUUUCCUAUUAACUGCACUUGCCGCACCUCUAAAUGGAAGUGGUCAAAGGUUGGUUCAUCAGUUUUGUGAUUUAUAUGAACAUGCAAGGCAUGAUCCUAAUAAUUUUGGUGAUGAAGAAUAUCAGACAUAUACCAGAUUAUUUUUAAAACUGAUGGAUGCUGCUAAAUUAUUGAAAACAUUCAACAAUAGUCAACAUUCUUCUCCAAUUCGAACUCCUCAUAGACAGAAACAGCAAAUUCGAAGUGGAGAUUCAUCUGCUUUAAGACUUGAUACAGAAAGUACAAUUACAAGUGAUAGACCACCAUCUAUAAACUUAUCAAAUAAUGAGACAACGGUAUAGUGUAAGUACUUAUUGUUACAGUUGGAAAUAAUCAGUUAUUAUAGGUUUAAGCUAAAAUAAUACUCAUGCAUUGUAUUAGAAGAUAAACUAUUGUGUUCAAAUUUAAUUGACUAAAACUAAAAGAAUAAACAAGUGUAGCAUUA